UACAAAUACCACGUAAAAUUCUCCAGUAAUCAUGUCUAAAGUUCACGAAUUUAAUGUAAAAAUGACCUGUGAUGGCUGUUCUGGUGCAGUAGAAAGAGUUUUAAAUAAAUUAAAGGACAAAGGAGUCGAAGACUUUACUAUUAACUUGGAGACUCAAAAGGUGACCGUAAAAUCGUCUCUACCUGCAAAUGACAUUUUAGAAGUUAUUAAGAAAACAGGAAAAGAAACUACCUUGCUAUCUUCGUCUUAGUGGAGAUCUUUUUGUGAACUUUACGAUUUGCAGCUAAUUUUAUAUACUUAUGUGAACGAUUUAUGUUAAGUCUUAUUGACAUAUUAUUUACAAUUAUAAAAAUCUAUAUUUUAUGAAUAUAAAACUAUAACUCUA